UAGAAGAAGACGAACUUCACGCUAGCAUGGCGGCUCACAUAGUACGACAAUUGUAUUUAUUUUGUCGCAGCGCAAGAACAGACGUGGUUUUACUGCAGGUUAAACAGAAAACCCUUUUAAAUGUAGGCGUAAACAAUCAUUUACAGCUGAGAGUUGGGUUUGGCACCAGAGAAACAGACAACGAACAGGGUGUCCAAGUGCUCGUUCCAGUAGACCGUCUGACAGUAUCUUACAGCAGAAGCAGUGGUCCUGGUGGUCAAAAUGUCAAUAAAGUCAGCACAAAAGCAGAGGUCAGAUUCCACGUGCUAACCGCCGACUGGAUUCCAGAAGACGUUCGACGGAAAGUCUUUGACCAGAACAAAAACCGCAUCACCAAGGCCGGUGAGCUGCUGGUGACAUCGGAGCUGAGCAGGAGUCAGCACAGAAACCUUUCAGACUGUGUGCAGAAGAUCUCUGCUAUCAUAGCUGAAGCCAGCAAGAAGCCACAUGAACCAACGGUGGAGAACGUAGCUCUUUGGGCAGCCAGGUCAGAGAAGAGGAACAAGGAGCGACUCAAACAAAAGAAGAUCAACUCGACGAUCAAGCAGAGCAGACGAGAUUUUGACUGACUGUGAUUUUCGACCACUCGUUGUUUUGUGGAGAAUUAUGUGUAAAUUAUAUGUGAUGAAAAAUGUUUCAUUUUAUUGUAAAAAGUAAAUAAUUUAUGAAGCGGGUGUUAACAUGUAUUAUAGAUAUCGAUUGUAAAACUUACAAUCAAAAUAAAUAUAUUCGUAAAAUAA